CAGCUCACUCAGCUGCUCUAGACCACCAACAGGAAGGAACAUGAGUCAGCCAGACACAAGCAGCAACUGCUCAUUCAGCAGCGUGGACGAGCUGAUGAGGACCCUGCAGCUGGCCGUCCACAUCCCCACCUUCGUCCUAGGCCUGCUCCUCAACGUGCUGGCCAUCCGUGGCUUCGGCACCAUUCUGAAGAAGCGGUGGCCCGAUUACGCUGCCACCUCCAUCUACAUGAUCAACCUGGCAGUCUUUGACCUGCUGUUGGUGCUCUCCCUCCCAUUCAAGGUGGCCCUGUCCCAGGUGUGGCCACCCUUCCCUUCCCUUUGUACUCUGGUGGAGUGCCUCUACUUUGUCAGCAUGUACGGCAGCGUCUUCACCAUCUGCUUCAUCAGCCUUGACAGGUUCCUGGCCAUCCAGUACCCGCUCCUGGUCAGCCACCUCCGGUCCCCCAGGAAGAUCUUCGGGAUCUGCUGUGCCAUCUGGGUCCUGGUGUGGGCCGGGAGCAUCCCUAUCUACAGCUUCCACAGGAAAGUGGAAAAGUACACGUGCUUCCACAACAUGUCUGAUGGCACCUGGAGCACCAAGGUCUUCCUGCCCAUCGAGGUGUUUGGUUUCCUCCUCCCCAUGGGCAUCAUGGGCUUCUGCUCCUGCAGGAGCAUUUACAUUCUGCUGGGCCGUCGGGACCACACCCAGGACUGGGUGCAGCAGAGAGCCUGCAUCUGGACGAUCGCGGCCAGCCUGGCUGUCUUUGUGGUCUCCUUUCUCCCCGUCCACCUGGGCUUACUCCUGCAGUUCCUGGUGAGGAACGGUGUGAUCGUGGAGUGCAGGACCAGGCAGAGCAUCAGCUUGUUCUUGCAGUUGUCCAUGUGCUUCUCCAACAUCAACUGCUGUUUGGAUGUUUUCUGCUACUACUUUGUCAUCAAAGAAUUCCGCAUGGAUGUCAUGGCCCACCGGCCUUCCAGGGUCCAGCUGGUCCUUCAGGACUCCACGCUCACCCGGGGCUAA